CUCAUCAGCAUCAUCUUUUUCAUCAGAUCAAUAUUCUGCAUUUUCUUCAAGUGAUUCAUUAGCUGAUUCUUAUUCAUCUCCAAUGAUUGAAUUCCCAGAACUUUUUGAAUCUAAUCUCAGCAAUAAAAAGACAUCAUCUCUUUCAUCCAAUUUGAAUAGAAAUUCAAGUAAUUCUGUUAGUCCUUUCCCUUCAAUGGCCGCUAAAUCUUCAUCCACCUCAUUAUUAAAUCCAAUGAUGAGAAAACCAAGUGCCCCGGUUCCUCAAGCUCCUCAUCUAAGGAAAAAUUCAUCCUUUAAUGGUAACAACAACAAUGUACCAAUCACUUCUCCAUUCAAUGAUAUUUCAAGUGUUAAACAAAAUACCCAAAUUAAUCAUAAUUCAAAUAAUAUGCCUAAUUCUGGAUUUAAAUUUCCUAAUAAUAGUUCAAAUCCUUCUAAUACCAUUAAUAAUAAUCCUUCACUCAAAACAAAAGCCUCUCGUCAUAGCCUUAAAAGAAUCAAUACUAAACCAAGCACUGCCCUGUUAACAGAUUCUUCACCCAUUAUAAGUUCACCAUUAUCUACCGUCACUCCCAAAUCAACUAUUGAUUCAGCUAUUUCCAAUAAUACUUUAUCACUCAUUGAUCCAAUUAAUGAUACUCCAGUUGAUUUUUCGGUACCAUUUUCUACCUCUAAUACUGGGGGUGGAUCUCUGAGUUCAUUGUAUGGAGGUAAUUAUGGACUUGCAAAAUCUCUUGGCCGCCAUAUAAAUCAUGGCCAUAAGAGAUCUCAAGGAGGCCUCUAUAGUUUCGUAUCUUUGGAUAUUGAUGAAGUUGAGGAAGAAGUUGAAAAUGAUCAAUAAGAGGGG